ACCAAUCUUUAAGAGAAAUGCAACAAUGGCAUGUUCUGUUGAUCACGAAAUAGUGUAAAAGAAGAAGAGAGAGGAAAGAGAUGAAAAUAAAGCGCAGUAAAUCUCUUUCUCCUGAACCAUCCAGUAGCAGAGAUACAAAACGUAUAAAACUUGAAGAAAUUACAAACAUAAAUGGAGCAACAUCUUUGAAUAUCCUUGAAUUCUCGGAUGAUGUUCUACUUAAUAUAUUGAAAUUUUUAUAUCCACAAGAUCUUAUGGCAAUUAGCUUAUGUUGUCAAAGAUUUGCACAAUUAACACAAGACAGAACUCUAUGGAGAAGAGCAGAUUUUCGAACAGAGCCUAUAUAUCUAGAAGAUUUGAAUCAGUACAUGAAGUUUUUGCAACCGAUAACAAUGAGUUUAGCAAUGCGUGGCAAUCUUAUUUCUCAUGAACGUUCAUCUCUUACUCAAAGAUUCUUUAAUAAUGUGAAAACACUAUGUGAUCAACUCAAAGAAUUGAUCAUUGAAGAAUAUUACAUCAAUGGAGAUAAGAUUCAUAUAACAGAUUUUCCAUGCACUAUUGAAAAGCUUUCAUUAGAAGGUUGCAAAAUGAAUUACUUACAAAGCAAUAAGUCUUAUUUUUUUAAAAUGGAUCUUCACAUGCCUAAUUUGACAUGUUUAAUUUUAAGUAACUGCGAGUGGUUUACGCCACACUCCUUAUUAGUUAUUAGCAAGAUACCAAAACUUAAAGAACUCAGGCUAAACUCAUGUCAUCGUCUGGGCGAGUGUGUUGCAUAUGCUAGUUUAGCAACUAGAUUUGGAUUCAAAACAUUAGAGAUUUUAGACUUACGGGAUACAGCACUUGGGGAUAGUGAAGUCGGUUGUUUUAGUAGUACUAAAACUCUAACGCAUCUCUAUUUGGAAUGUCCUUCGACAUGGAUAAAUGAAGAACCGCCCGAAGUUGUGCAACAUCGGCAGCAACAAGCUUUACGAUUACCUAUAUUCGAAGAUGGCAAUCUAGCACAGUUUUUAGUCGAGGACGGAUUCUCUCUUGAAAGUUAUGGAUAUCAACGAUGUUUGAUAUCAGAUAGAGCAAUCUGUGCACUUGGAAGUGAUACUUGCGAUAAAGAAGUAGUAAAUAGCUUUCUAGCUCCACAAGGAAUGAUAAUAUUACGAGAAGAUAGACGAAUAUCUAAUAAUCCAAAUCUUAAAACAUUGGUCGUUAGAAAUUAUCCACGUGUAACAAAUUCGAGUCUUGUCCAUUUGGCUUUAAAUGCAUCGAGAUUAGAAUACUUGGAUGUUACUGGUACUUCUGUGACAAGAGAAGGUGUUGAAUCCUUCAAAUCACAAAAAAACAAUGUUAAAGUAGUCUCGUCAUUUGAUGAGACAUGAG